AGAAGUUAAUGCGCCGAAAACGUGCUUCAUAGAAAUAUCCAGAGGUAUCACUUUUUGUUGUUGUUUAAACCGUGAAAUGCCUGCUGUCGUUGCUCGUUUGAAGCGCUUCGUUCGCUCCGCAUUCUUCAAUGUCGUUUGGAUCCCAUCGGUCGCCGUCGUACUGGCUGGAUCUGCACCUCCAUACAUCGUUGCGUGGGUAGUGUGGCGUGGCGCCACUGCCUUCCUACCGAAAUGGGUUUACCAAGUCGGGGACGACUUCUUGUACUUCAUCUACCAAAAUUGCGUCCUCUUUUUCUUCGAAUAUAUGACCGGAGUUCAGGUACUUGUUGAUGGAGAUUACAAAGAAAUCUUUUCGAAGAAGGAAAAUGCGAUCUAUCUUGGAAAUCAUCAAUCCACAGUGGAUUGGGUUCUGAGUAACAUGGUUGCCGUUCGCCAAGGCUCACUAGGCAAUCUACGCUAUGUGAUGAAGUCAUCGUUGCAACAGAUUCCCUUGUACGGCCUUUACUUCUACGAACACGGCUGCAUUUACGUGAACCGGGGAAAUUUUGACCCGGAAAAAAUGAUUGCCGGGUUGAGCUAUUUGCGACAUCCACGCAUUAAUACAUGGAUGGUCGUGUUUCCGGAAGGAACUCGGUACGGGCUGGCGAGGAAGCCGCGAUCUACAUCGAAUGCUAUUGACAACUCCGCUCCACUUCAACUUGCUGCCCAACAGGAUGGUAAUUUGCCUGAUGUGAAGAAGGAGGGAUCUUUGCGAACCCCGAAAGUGGAGCUGAAACACCACCUUACCCCAAAAUCACGGGGAACGUGGUUGGCGUUGCAGACUCUGCGUCAGCAAACCAAUGCAGUGUACAGUGCGUCGGUUGUGUACGACGGUUGCAUUGACGAAACAGGGAAAAGAAGGGUUGCCCCUCAGAUUUUAGGGUUUCUUAGGCGUGAGAGCAAGUGGAUUUAUAUCCACCUAAAGCGCAUCCCAAUUGACGAAGUUCCGAGCAGGGAAGCUGAUUUCCAAGCAUGGCUUGACGAUUUGUUCACUGAAAAAGACAAGUUGAUCGGAGAUUUUUUCUCACCGGAUGCCGAGACCCGGUCCCGUGCAUUAGCCCGAGGAAAACCUGCGAGAUCGCAUUUAGCAGCUGCAAUCUUCGGACUUGUGACGAUGGCUGCAAUUUCUAUUCCAUUUUUCUUGUCCAGUGCAGGGAAAGCUUUGUACUGGAAGGUGACAAUCUUCGGGUCUCUCAUUGGUUACUCGCGACUAGCACUGGCGGCUGUGGCUUGAACUCAUUCAAGAUUCCCGGCAUAUUAUUCUGAUUUCGUUUUCGCAGUUUCACAAUUUGUUAGAGCAACGUGAAAGCUGAGGUUAAGCAGAGGCAGUUCAUUCCGAAAAAAUUCAGAAAACUAGCCUCGCUUUGGAUCUUUAUGACGUUUUUUUCGGGAGAGUUGUCAGGUACUGUACUGGGAUUAAGGUUGAUGUGGCUGAAUUCUGAAAGCUUUCAAGAGACUCAUUUGUAUUACUUCCAGAGGUUCAGUCGAGUCUUGAAACUUUGAAAGUACUCUCUGAAAAGCCAAAUCAUCGUGAAGUAAAUUUACUUCCGUGAAACUUGAUUGGAAAAAUUCUAGUGAAGAUGUAAGUGAUGUAGCGAAAACAGAACAAAUAUGGAAACAUUGAGAGUUCUGGUUCAGGUGUGCCAUUCAAUAGGUUUUUCUGAGGCUUUGAGCUCAAAGUAAGAAGAAAUCCGUUUUUAAAACUGACUGGCCAAGCAGUCUCGUGUUCACUGUGUGAUCUGUGCGUUUAACAUUUUCAAAGCUUUUUGGGCUGCUUUGUAGAGCAUUGUGACUGUUUUUUUGAGCGUUCUGGGAGAUCAUGCGCGAAGUGCUUACCAUUCGCAGCGUUUCCUUUUUUUUCGUUUGCGCUCGCAGGAUAAUGCUGAGAUAGGAAAACUGUCGUGUUCAAAUUACCUCGUGUUCAUUUAAUUUUUUAUUAAUCGGCUCAUUUCCUUUAUUGCAAAAUUUUUUUGAUACGCGUAUUUACUCGAGUACCACGCGCUCAUUUUUUCCGAGAAAUCGGGGUAAAAAAUUAGGUACGCGUCGUAGUUCGGACAUUUUUCAAAGAUUGAAAACUUUUCUCCCCACCUGAAUUUUUUUUUGGUUCUGUUAUUAGUAUGGAAAAAAUAUGGCCAUUGAAUGCAAUUAUUGUGUGGGCUUCAAUUUAGAUUUGUAUCCAAUACCGUUUUUUCAAAUACAGUAGGCCUUGUUGUAAAUGAAAACUCGGGUGUGCGUGUGAUGCGGGGAUGAGAUUUCCCCUAAAACUUUGGCUAAAAAU